GUCAAUGUCACUGUCGAAACAAACAAAACAGAAAAUAAGAAGUUAAAAAGUAACCUUUGUUUUGCCGACUUGUUACUAAAGUUCUAACACACUUAAUUUAAUAAGUAUUUAAAACUGUCAAUGAAUACACUGUCCUAAAAAAAACAGACACAUUUUGCAUAUCUAGCAAAAUGCUUCAAGAAUCAAUAGUAAGUACCAGGCCUGAUAGAGAAAUAACGAAGAAAAUUAUUACACCGGGUGAUUAUUCUAUCGUGCCAUACGAGGAGUCUCGAUGUAAAAUUGAACUUUCAAAUGUAAGACACACUAAUGAAGAUGUUAACAUAGAUGUAGAAAGUCGUAUACUAAGUAAAAACUUUGAUGGCGUAGUUAUUAUUGGGGAGGCAGAUUCUUUUAUCGAUAAAGAUUUCGAGUUGAUUCUCCAACAGAUGUGUUGUGGUGAGACAUGUUUUGCAAGAAUUGUUUAUAAAAAUCAGAAGUGUGAGAUAGUUAAAGAGAUAUCAUGCGAGAUUGAGUUGAAAGAAGUUACUGAGGAACAAUUAGUGAGUGAUUGGAGUUGGGCAAGAUUACUUGAAGCUGCAGCACAUCAUAAAGAGCGGGGAGUUGCUUUGAUACAAGAGAAAAGAGUUGUAGAUGCAUUUAGAAGGUUUAGCAAAGCAUUUAAGUUUUUAGUAGCCAUAGAACCUGUGAAUCCGGAAGAAAUUAAUGAUGAAUCAUUGCACGAAAUAAAGGACUUAAAGGUGAAACUAUACAAUAACUUGGCACACUGUCAACUACAGUUUUGUGAAUACGAAGCAGCAUUAGAACUCUGUAAUCGUGCAAUAUCUCUGGAUAAUGAUAAUGUGAAAGCAUUAUACAGACGUUGUACUGCGUACCAUUGUCUUAAGAUGUACGAAGAUGCAUGGAAAGAUAUACAGAGAGUGAUAAUAUUAAAUCCCAAUGACAAAGCAGCACGAACUAAAGCCGGUGAACUGAAAGGAAUAGUGGAGAAAAUAAAUGCAGAAUAUGCUAAUGUUAUUAAAAAGAUGUUUAUUUGAAUUUUAUCACAACAAAAUUGUGCUUAGUCUAGAUAAGUAUUACAGUCAUUUGACAAUUUAAGAUUUUUUUUUUAAUUUUAAGAUAUUAAAUGAUUGUACUUUAUGUCAAAGUAAUUUAUAAAAACUAGAUGGCGCUAAUUCAUAGGUUUUGAACACUUUGUUUUUUUUAUUUUUGUUUAAAGUUUGCUUUCAAAUAUUGUAAAAAAAAAGUGUCUUAAAUAAAUAUAUUUAUAUAAUCUAUUUAACUGUUUGAAGUUUAUUUAUACCAUUUAAUUUUUAUUAAUUUUGAAAAUAGUAUUAAGUGAAGCAGUUUAUUCCUGGGGCUGUUGAGUGCGAUGACGUAGACAGAGCGUGACGUCAUAAGCUGUUACGCCAAGUGUUGUCAAGGAAAAAAAUCAAUUUUAUUGCUCAUAAAUAAAAAUAUUUCCAUCAUCAGCCGCCAGAUGGCCUGUACUAAAAUGCUUCUGUCAUUAUGACGACAAAAAAGAAGGCAUCUCUCUGGAUCAUUUACUUUGGAGUUCUGACCAAAGAGUAUAAUAAGU